AUCACCAUGUGGAAUUUGUCUAAUUAGGUUACUUAAUUUAAUUAAUUACUAACAUAUUCAAAACGGCACGCAACGUUUAUUGUAUUGAGAAAACGGACCGACUUCUCAGAAACCACACGGAACCUGCUGUUAUUUUUUCCAGCUUUCGUCUUCAUUAGAUUUAAAAACUUUGUUUAUUGCUGAAAUCUAAUUGGAUAAUUGUAUUACGUGUGUAUUUACUUUCUCCUUUUAAAAAAAAAAACUUAAAGUCAACACUAUUUUAUAGUCAACUUUAUGCUGUUCGAAGAUAAAACACGCCUUCUUAUGAAUUUUCCUUUUUUGCGUCAACUCUCUUAACGGAUCUUUCCCCUUUUUUUUUAUAAAAGGAAAUGUCCACAAGAAAGGCAAGCACUAAUAAUUUACUUAUCAGAUUACAUACCAAAAACGGAAACUUAACAUUUGAAUGCACAACUGAAAUCCUCUAUAUAUAGGACUAGUAGAAUCACUCACAGAACACACAAUUGAAUUGCCAACUAGAAGAACAAGAAGAGAAGAAUUAUUUUUGAGAAGAUGAUUCAUGCCAACGAAACUGAAGCAUUACCGUGCGCUGGAGGUUGUGCACUCUUCGGGACACGAAGGAACAAUAAUCUAUGCUCCCUUUGCUACAAAAAGAGUGUCCUUGAACAGUUGGCCACUCUCAAACUUGAGUCCAAGCCCCAGCCAUCAACAGUUCCCACAAGAAGUCCAACAGUUGCCGUACAAGAACCGGUUAGAAAACAGAGAUGCGAAACGUGUCAUAGGAAAUUAGGGAUGACAGGAUUCAGCUGCAGAUGCGGACACAUGUUUUGUGGGCCACAUCGGUAUCCCGAGGAGCAUUCUUGUCCUUUUGAUUACAAACAAUCUGGACGCCUCGCAUUGGCCAAGCAGUUGCCUUUGACUAGAGCUGAUAAGUUGCAUACUCCCUCCGUUUCGAAUUAGAUGUCGUUUUAGAACAAAAUUUUCGUUUCAAAGUUAGUGUCGUUUUAUGAUUUCAAUGAAUUUAUUGACUUUUUAUUAUAAUAUAUUUUUCUAUUGGUUGAAAUCUGGUUAGGUGUAUUGGUAAUGAUGUUUUUAUCUAAAAUUUAUUUAAAUGUUUUAUUAAUAUGUGUGUUGAAGUCUAGAACAAUAAGUAAAAUGAAAUGGAUGGAGUGGAUUUUAGUCAUAGUUUGUCUUAGAUAUUGAAUACAAUUUUUGAUGUUAUUUUAAAUCUUUAAAUGAGCAAUAUACACUUCUUUUUCCAAGAUUCCAAGCAUAAUGAUCCAACUAGAAAGCUGAAUGGAAGUUGUCCAUAUAUCAUUAAAAUGUCAUAAAAUAGCCAACGGGUUAAUAAACUAAAAUUGUUGCAAAAGAUGAUUAAUCAUGUAGGACAGAUGCCUCAAGAAUGACUAUUCUGGUCAUUUACAUUUGUCAUAUCUCUAAACGAUGUUUGCAUCAUCAUCUUCUUAUGUUUUGUCUUUUUCUCAUGACAUUAACCGACUCUCUUCUCUAUAAAUAGAAGUCGUAAGAGAAAGAGAAGAAUAAUAAGAAGAAGAAAUCUUAUAACAUCCUUUCUCUCUUUACGUUUUUAAACAACAACAAUAAUUAUUAAAGUCAACAUCUCAUCUCUAGUUUUUGUUUCAUUGAUUAACAUAUAUAUAUAUAUAUACAGAUAUAUAAAAAUAUAUAUCUGAACUGAUAGUUCACAACACGUUAUCAGCACGAAACUCUGACCAACUAAGGUUUAUCAAUUCGAAAGUUUUUAAACCAACCGAGGUAAUGUUUAAAUUUAUGUAUUUCAAUAUAUUUAAUUUAUUUAAAUUUUAUUAUUAUUUUGGAAUGAGAAGCAAGGUCUUCUCCGUCUAUUUAUCGAGAUGAUAGGCACUGCUUUUUUCGACUGAUUAUUAUGGUAGGAUAUGCCUUAACGAUUAGAGAACACGUGGUAGGUUUUGCCUCCGUUAAUAAAAAGAAAAGGUAAAAAAUGGUAGACUAAGUCUUCUUAGACCUUGAAAUAAGUAAAAGUCAAAAUGGUAAACCAUGUUUCCUCGGAC